CGGAGCGAGCACGAUUCAUCCACACAGCCGAAGAGCAGCCAUUGCUCCUCCAACACAAACUCUCCCUGCCCGUUUCAGCUGUCCCUUAGUUCUCAGCUUGUUGGUCCCGGGAACCGUCGCUGGAAGCCAGGAGGGGCUUCGUCGGACGUCUGUCUCCCUCUCUUUGCCACACAUUACUCACCCGUUCCACUGCAGUUUCUGAGACGGGUAUCGCCUCGCCUCCUCCUGUCUGGUCCGACGUUCAGAUGAUCAGAUGAUAUUUGCCACCGAAGAUGUUUCUGGGAUCGAAGAAUGUGGGAUCCACUUGGGAGCUGUUCAGGAUAGCGGGUGCUCUAUCGCUGUUGCUCACUGCCCACUGCUUUAAUCUCGACACAGCUGGGGCAACGAUAUCCCCCACCGGGAAUGGGUCUGAGUUCGGUGAUCGCGUGUUCCAGUUUGGAGACGAUCAGAACAGCUGGAUCGGAGUGACGGGAAAGGACGAGAUGGGAAGCGCCGUCUUACUCCGCUGCCCGGCCGGAGGCGGUGACUGCCACCCCACCAACGUCACUGACUCCUUCAACAACUCCGCCGCGCUUUCAAUGGACGCUUCGGGGCCAAACCUGGUGGUCUGUGAUCCCAACACGGUGUUUGGAUGCAUGAGAAACACCUGGUUCCCAGGAAAGUGCAUUCGGUUCGGAGAGCAGCUGGAACUGGAAGCUCCACUGGACAUCGGAAAAAUCGAGUGUAUCCCUGAGAUGCUAGAUGUGGUCUUUCUCUUCGAUGGGUCCAACAGUCUCAGCAAAAUAGACCUAGAAGCGAACAAAAAGUUCAUGUUGAAGAUGAUGGAACAAUCGGACGCUGGCAUGCAGUUUGCCAUCGUUCAAUACUCCGCCAUGGUCAGAACGGAACUGAGCUUUGCAACGUUCCAGGCCCAACGAAAGAAUCUGGGUGAGAUCGUGAGUCGCAUCCAACUGAUGGAGAGUUCGACCUUUACCGGAACUGGGAUCGAUUAUACCAUAUCUUCUGUGUUUACGGAGGAGGAUGGGGCAAGAAAAGGGGCAGCGAAGCUCCUGAUUGUGAUCACGGAUGGAGAGACCACACAGGGAGACCUCAGUCUGUCGCAGGUCAUCCAGAAGGCUAAGGACAAACAGAUCACUCGCUGUGCAAUUGGGGUUGGACAGAGUUUCAAGGAGGGCAGCAGGGGUCUGAAAGAGCUGGAAAUCAUCGCCUCGUCCCCCGAUUAUCUGAUCAAGGUGAAAGACUACAAUGAGCUACAUUCUGUCUUCCAGGAUCUCAAGUCCAAAAUCUACCAGAUUGAGGGAACGCAAUCCUCCAGCGAGAGCUCCUUCGAGAUGGAGAUGUCCCAGCAGGGAUUUAGCGUCCUCCUCAACGAGGACUCGGUCCUCCUGGGGGCCGUAGGGGCCUAUGACUGGUCUGGAGGCCUGGUGGAGAUUCGCGACAAGGUGAGGACCUUCAUUAACGUCUCCAAGAGUCACCACGACAUGAAGAACGCCUACCUAGGUUACUCCGUGGAGAGGGCGGUAUACGGGAACAGCACCCUCUACGUGGUGGGUGCUCCCCGCUAUCAGCACAAGGGAAAAGUCGUCGUCUUCGGCCAGGGAGGCAACGAGACCUGGGAACCAAAGCAACACAUUAAAGGAGAACAGAUCGGCUCCUACUUUGGCGCGGAGAUCGGCGUCCUAGACCUGGAUGGAGACGGUGGGACGGAUCUGCUUCUGAUCGGAGCUCCUCUCUACCACCAGCCUGGAUACGGCGGAAUGGUCAAGGUCUGCUCCCUCACUCCCGAGGGCACUUUCGUCUGCAACGGCUCGCUGCAAGGUAAACGGGGGGAUGGACUGGGACGUUUCGGGGCCUCCAUCGCAGUCCUGCGCGAUCUGAACGGGGACGGAUUAUCAGACGUUGCCGUGGGGGCCCCGUUGGAAGACGACCGUCACGGCAGCAUCUACAUCUACCAGGGCGUCUCCGGAGGGCUGGAGGAGAACUACAGUCAGCGAAUCACUGGCCGCCAAUUCUCCCCGUCCCUGAUGUUCUUCGGACAAUCAGUGCAGGGGUCUAUGGACAUGACGGGUGAUAACCUGACAGACGUCGUGGUCAGUGCGGCUGGGAACGUCGUCCUCCUCCGUUCCAGGCCGGUGCUGGGGGUAGACGUGGAAGUGCUCUUCCAGCCGCGGGAGCUGGGUCUGCAGAUUUACCGGUGUCCGUGGUCCGAUUCCAAGAUGCGGCUUGUGAGCAACGUCAGUAUCUGCUUUAAUCUGUCAGUGAAGGGUCAUGCUCCUCCAGAUGCGUUGAGUGUGAACCUGACUUACCAGCUGGACCUGGACAGGAAUCGUCCCUCUCCCAGGGCUCAGCUGGAGACAAGCGAACACCGUUUCACCGGCUCCCUCAACCUUUCCGGAGACAGCACGUGCGUCCAGCACAACAUUUGGUUGCCGGCCUGCGUCGAGGACUCGCUAACCCCCCUGGAGCUCAAUGUCAGCUUCUCAGUGACACCCUACCCGCGGUCGGAAGGAGUGGUGGAACAUCUCCCUCCCGUCCUGAGCCACCGCUGUCACACCGUCUUCAACCAUCAGCUCCGUAUGGAGAGAAACUGUGGGGAGGACGAGAUAUGUACAGAUUAUCUUUUUCUCAAUGCGCAGUACAACGGAGGGACCCUCGUACUGGGACGGGACACCAUUCUGGACCUAAAGCUGUGGCUGGAGAACCGGGGCGAAGAUUCCUACAACACCUCCCUCCGCAUCCGGCACCCACGCGGCCUCCAUCUACACAAAUAUAACACGGACAGUAGGGUGGAGUGCAGCUCCAGCCUGGAUCCAGCCCGGGACCAUCGCGGGUUGUUAGUUUGUUUAAUCAGUCACCCCAUCUUCAGGCAGGACCAAGAGAUGGACCUGAGUCUGAGUUUCCAUAUUCAGGGGUCACCGGACUGGGGAGAGGAGACGACGAUAGAGGUGGAAGCCCUCAGCUCCAACACAGACAGGAUUACCAACGAGGCCACCCGCAACAUAACGAUACUCGUUCAGUAUGCCGUGGAGGUCGUGGUGACCAGUCUCAGCACCACACGCUACAUACGGUUCACGGGGGACGACCAGGGGCCGAAGGGCGUGACUCACACAUACAAGGUGGAAAAUCUGGGCCCCUACCCUGUCCCGCUCAUACUGAACUUCACCUUCACCCAGAAGAUCAGGAACUUUGUUUCAUGGAAUGCGCGGAUUGAUCACGAAGAGACUAAGGACCAGAAACCGAAGUGUAGCGACCCCAUGGAGUCUCCGAAAGACGCCAUCCAGGAUCUGCUCAAGGGAAAGGAGACCUCCGGGAUUCAGGUCCAGACGGUCGUCUGCAACUUCCACUCAAACCCCAAAAACAUAACGGAAUUCCAGCUGAAGGGCUUCGUACAGCUACAGCCUAACGGGGAACUGUCCACGACGACCCUGUUCAGCUCGGCUCUCCUCUCUGUAAACAGCUCCCGCCACAUCAGCCAGAAGGGAAAACUCAGCCUCAAGGCGGAGGGACAGACGGAGGUGCAAGUCGACCCAAAGAGCAAAAAGAUGCUGAUAGCCAUCGGCAGCGGGUGUGGACUGUUACUCCUCAUCAUUGUCAUCCUCAUCCUCUGGAAGUUUGGAUUCUUCAAGCGGUCUUCCCCUGAGAGUUAUGACGACGGGGUGCAAGCAGCCGAGAAUCAGAAAAUGAUAGGGAUGGAUGGGAAAGCAGACGCCUCAGCAAUGGCCAAUGACAACGAGGGACCGGCGAACGGCAGCUCUCCAUCGCCCAAUGACGACGCAACGUUGACCAAUGCAGAAGCCUCCCCAUCUCCUUGACCCCCUUCCCAUGCCCGUCUCCCUCUCCCUGUUAAUCCCUGCAAUACUCCUGCGUCGUUAUACCCUUUUCCCCUUGCCCACUCCUCAGUUCCGUGUCUCCCCACCCGCCUGUCUCUUUCUCCCUUACUGCAUCUACACAAUGGACUGGGGUCAUAUUGUCUUCGAUCCAGAAUCUCAGCCAUUUCGCUUGAAGGGUGAGGGAUGAGAGGGGUUGGGCUGUGCUGUCGGGCCACAGUGAGAGAACGAACAGCAAGGUAGAGCGACUAAGAGUUUACUUGUCUGGAAGUUGGAGAAGGGAGAGGAGGAAAGGAAUAGAGGGAAGAAGAAAUGGGGGAGAAAGUGGAGGGAGAUGGAGGAGAGGUGUGGGGUGGAAGGGUAAGAAUGGAGAAAAUGGGGAGGGUGAUAGUGGAUGGGAAGGAACAGGGUGAGAGGAGGGGAGAGGCAAGGAAGGAAUGGGAGGACGGGUGUGGAGUGGAAAAGAAGGAGCAGAAGAGGAGGCAGCGAAGAUGCGUGGAGGAAGCAGAAAAAUGGAUGAGGGGUGAGAGGGUGGGAUGUGAGUGGGUGGGUGGAGGAGAGAAGAAAGGAAGAGUGGGGAAGGAAAUGAGAAGGGGAGGGAAUGUAAGUGAGGAAAAGAGGAGAAGGAAGAUGAACAGAUGUUGGGACAGAUUUUGGGAAGGAAGGGGAAGAGUGAAAGGGAGGAUGAGAGAAGUAGAGCUGGAGAGGAGCAAUGGAGAGAAGGGGAAAGAAGGAGGAGGAAUAGAGGGAUAGGUGGGUUGUAGAGGGAAAUAGAAUGGGAAGUGAGAGAGUGAAGAGGUAGAAGGGGCAGAGAGUGAGGGAGGGAGGGAGAGAGAUGGAAGGAAAGGCAGGGGUAGAGUCAGCAGCGUCGGAGGAAGGAAGGAGGUAACGUCUAUCAGUAUGAGAGAGGGAGGAAGGGAAGAGGAAAAGAGGAAAUAUUGAGGGAGGGUCGAAGGAGGAAGUAGGGAUUGUA